AUGUCUUCUGGUAAUCUACUUUCGCUUGCAGGCUGGACUUUCCUGCCAAACUUUGUCACAGGAUGGGUUCAAACGAUAUACUACGGCAUCAUGAUCCGUGCCGGCGAUCCAAAACCUCAGCCAGGCUCUCAGCGCUGGAUCGCCCAUAGGCGACGCAUACACAUGAUAGUUGUGUCAGCCUACCUCCUCUACACGAUAUACGAAGCAGACUGGGAGAUACGGCGUGCCAGCGACUAUUACCAGGACUUGGGGAUACCAUACACGGCGACAGAAAGAGAAAUUAAGUCUAGGUUUCGGCGACUGGCGGCCAUCUACCACCCAGACAAAGUGUCCUCCACAUCCCCCAGCUCUGAAGGAUACUUUGUGCACCUCAAACUCGCCCAAGACACCCUCCUCAACCCGGCAAAGAGAUUUGCAUACGAGAGAUUCGGCCCUGAAGUAACACAGUGGCAGCGCUGUUCCGGAAUUCGCGACUACGUGGUCCUUGGCCUGCAGGCCAUCCUCCCAUACUACGGCGCAGCGGCGAUAGUCAUGUAUAUUCUCGGAACAUUUGGCUUUUUGGAAUGGGGCAAAUACUGGCGCUGGCUCACACUCGUUGGGUUCUGUGUCUUUGAACUUCACACGAUUUCGCGCCCACAUUUUCCUGCCUUCGCCGUUAACAUCCUCAACCCUCUCCUGAUGACCUUUACCAGGCACCCACCAUACCUACCAUUCCAACUCAUACAACUCGGGCGUAAAAUUAGUAUUACACUCUACAUCGCCUUCUCCCAGAUAGGGCCACAUCUCGAGCCAGCCACACAAGCACCUGCGAACACGACGCCGGAGGCACAGCUGGCGCAGCAAUUAGAUAGGCUAGCGGCAUCGGCGAAGAAUAUGGAUACAGAUGCCUCGAGGGCUGUCCAGUUAGAGCUGACUCCAUUCAUGGGCGAUGAGAAAGCUCUUGGAUACGCGAAAGGCAAAAUAAAGGAGUGGCUUGUGCAAAACACUAUCCAGAGCGAUCCAGAAGUCAGAGAUGCUAUUGGGACUUCGAUAAAGAGGAGAAGAACCGAUGCGCCUGCGGGUGCCAGAGGCAAUAGAUAG